UGUGGACGUACGAAAAAAGCGCGGGACUGGGCGGGAUACGUCCCGCGGAGCUCUGUAUGGUACCAUACACGACGUCCACACAUUUGCCGUAGCUCGCGAGCAUCAUACGACCAUGAUUAAAGAAUGGAAACGUGAUAUCGCCGCCCGACGAGAUGAAACAAGAAACUAUUUAAUUUUAGGCCAAGAUACUCUGGAAGUACGAGAUGAUGAAACACAGAUUGAAAUCGUAGGUAAUGAAAUUCCAACAAGCCCAAUUAAAACGAAAGUUGCAACAGUCCCGUCUGUGACUGCAACCAAUGCGAUUUUAUUUCCUACAAAACAGGAUAUCGUCAAACAAUUUACGCUAAAUAUACAGCAAAAAUAUGCUUUUAUGAUUGUUACUAGUCACUUAGAUGGUGGACAUUAUGCUUAUACCGGUAUGUUAUCUCGAUU